AUGGUGGACGAGAGUCACUGGCCAGUUGGCGCUGUGGGUUGUUAUACAGACCCGUCCAGUUUUAACGAACCGUUCAUUCGUAUGGGACCGACCGACUACAAUUCGACCACAUCCGUUCUCACCAGUCCGAACCAUUUCGGCCAGAAUACCACCACGAUCGUCAACGGCACAAACGGUUCAAAUCUAUCCUCUAUCCCGGUUCCUUUACCGGUUAUGCCAGAUCGGGUAAGCGCAUCUACAUUUCCAUUUCUCUGA